UCAUGCUGCUGCCAGGUCCAGAGUGUCUCAUGGGUCCCUGUACGGCCUCCCAUUGCUGCUGUCUCCAUCGCCACACUCUGCCAUGUGCCACUUUCAGGUCUCCUCACACACUGCUGGGUUUCCAUUUUGUCAUAGGGUGCUGGCAGAUUACGGGCCUCCCAUUGCUGCUGCCAGGCCCGUAAUCUGCCAUGGGCCCCAGUACCGCCUCCUCAUGCUGCUGCCAGGUCCACAGUCUCUCAUGGGUCCCUGUACGGCCUCCCAUUGCUGCUGUCUCCAUCGCCACACUCUGCCAUGUGCCACUUUCAGGUCUCCUCACACUGCUGGUGGGUUCCAUUUUUUG